CCUCAGUUGCUUUUGUUACUGGCUUGAAAAGCUUUCCUUGUUUCAUUACGCUGGCAAUGGAAAUAUGACUCAGUGUCCCUAUGGAGGACCUGUCCGUCAGCCUCCUUGCAGUGAUAGUUAUUGUGUGUGGGCUGGCCCUGGUGGCAGUUUUUCUCUUUCUCUUUUGGAAGCUGUGGUGGGUGCCCUGGAGAAACAAGGCAGUGCCUUCUAACCCCGCUGCAACGCAGAACGCCUCUUCUGUAACUGGAAUCAACUGUGAUAAAGAAGCCAUGGCGGACAAGCUGAAAGAUGCAAGCAACUUGGGAUUUCUGGAAGCAGCGGUUAAAAUUAGUCAUACAUCUCCAGAUAUACCAGCUGAGGUCCAGAUGUCCAUGAAAGAACAUCUCAUGCGCCGGACAAGGAUACAGAGGCAAACAACUGAGCCUGCAUCCUCCACCAGACAUAUCUCCUUCAAAAGGCAUUUAAACCGUCAAAUGCAGGUAUGCAGUGUUGAUUUUGGAACGGAAACCUUUGAAGUAACAGAGCAGCCAACCAGCAUAGGGAGGAUUAAACCUGAGCUGUACAAACAAAAAUCAGUAGACUCUGAAGACAUAAAGAAGGAUGAUGCCAAGACCUGUGGUAAAAUCAAUUUCACCCUAAAGUAUGAUUAUGAAAAUGAGACUUUGAUAGUUCGAAUACUUAAAGCCUUUGAUCUUCCGGCCAAGGACUUUUGUGGAAGUUCUGAUCCUUAUGUCAAGAUUUAUCUUUUGCCUGAUCGGAAAAGGAAAUUCCAAACUAGAGUUCACAGAAAGACACUUAACCCAACAUUUGAUGAAUCAUUUAAUUUCCCUGUCCCAUAUGAUGAUCUGCCCAACAGAAAACUCCACCUCAGUGUCUUUGACUUUGAUAGGUUUACAAGGCAUGACAUGAUAGGAGAAGUUAUUUUAGAAAACCUUUUUGAAGAGUCGGACCUUUCAAGGGAAUCGUCCAUCUGGAAGGAUAUUCAGUAUGCAACAACGGAGAGUGUGGACCUUGGAGAAAUCAUGUUCUCUCUCUGUUACCUGCCCACUGCUGGAAGACUGACCUUAACAGUAAUUAAAUGUAGGAAUCUUAAAGCAAUGGACAUCACUGGUUACUCAGAUCCAUAUGUAAAAGUGUCCCUUUUAUGUGAUGGAAGGAGGCUAAAAAAGAAGAAAACCACCAUUAAGAAAAACACUCUGAACCCUACUUACAAUGAGGCUAUAAUCUUUGAUAUUCCUCCUGAAAACAUGGACCAAGUUAGCCUACUUAUUUCAGUAAUGGAUUAUGAUCGCGUUGGACACAAUGAGAUAAUCGGUGUGUGCCGAGUGGGUAAUAGCACAGAAGGACUUGGAAGAGACCACUGGAAUGAAAUGCUGGCAUAUCCACGAAAACCUAUAACACACUGGCAUCCUUUAGUGGAAAUGAAAAAGUCUUUCAAAGAGUGGCAAGCUCAUGCAGCAAGUUUUGACAGCCAAGGUUCCUGCCCUUCACCAAAACCACCACCAACUCCUUGAACUUCACCCAAGUUUAUCUACAAACUAGUCUGUUAAGGACGACUGCAGAAGUGGUUUUGCCUUCAGAACAGCAAAUCAUAAAAAGGAACAAAUCACAUAAAAGUUACGAAACGAAGACAUAAACAGAAAAUAUAUCAGUGGUUUGGUUUGUGUCUUCAUCUAUUGUCUCCUGAAAUAUUAUAUUGUAAUUUGGUGGUGUUUCCCUGGUUGAGAUUUGAAAACUGGAGAAAAAAAAAAUAUGUAAAAAAAAUUGCUGUUUUGUGGACAAUGAAUGUACAUGAAAGUGUUUUCACCUACAGAACAAGUACACCAACUGGUAGUUGUCGGCACCACUAAUAUGAGUUUUCUAAAGGUCAGUGCUCACAAAGACCCUGUAUGAAUUUCUAUGCUGUACUACAUUUUUGGACUUGUAUGUAUCAUGUUGUGUUGUCUUUGAUAUUAUGUUGUGUAAGAAUUAUGGAAAAAAAAAGAAACCUCAAAAAUGACACACGUGCUUUUACAUUAUAGGCAUUGUUUAUUGCCAUUAAUUGCUGUUGAGAGCUGUUUGGCUCUGACAUGCUUAUAUGUACUUGUACAACUUUUAUAUUACUGUGUGGGAUUUCCAUACAGAUAUUCCUUUGGUGCAUGGAAAUGCAAUAUUUUCAUUAUGAUCUAUAUGAGGCCGAUCCGCUACACUUUGUGGAUCCCUAAACAGUACUCAGGAAGUUUAAAAGACACAGUGAGAAAAGAUGUGAUGUUCUAGUGUCAGGAUGACGCUGCAUGUUAUCACUGCCAUGUGCUUGUAAAAAGUAUGUGAGCUGGUCAUUCAGUCUUAUAAGAACCAUUCAUUCAAAAAAUAGGACAGAUCCAUUCAUAGUUAUAUAUGAUACAGGUGUAACACAAUAGAUUAAAAAAAACAAAAUCACUGCCCAUUAAUAAAGCAGUCUAUUAUUGUCUGCAAGGAGUUUAUUCUACCCAUGCUCCAAUGCUUGUUUUGGCUUCCACUCACAUUUAUCCCCGAAAAAGAUACUGGUUUCUAACAAAACUGAUCAUACUGUAUAACAUGAUAGGGACUGUAAACUCCAAUGGAACAGAAACUGUAAAGGUGGUGUAAUCUCUGUAAAUUAAGUUUAAUAAUUAAAAAAUGAAGGCAUAUUCAAGAUAAAAACCAGAAGAAAAGUAUAUAUUGAUACGUUUAAGACUAGGUGAAUUGGACUGCAUUCUCACUGCCUUGCAAUGUGGCUUUAGGAUGUUUUGGUUUAAAUGUGGCCCAACAUUUGGUUAGGGUACCUGUUACAUCAUAACAAAGCAAUGCUUACAUAAAAGACCAUCUUGCUAAAGUUCUGAGUUAACAAAAAACAUUUACCAAAUAUCCCUAAUUGGUCUAGGGUUCUAUUAGAAUUUAAGACAAAAUAAAAAUUCCUUUGUUGUGAGGCCCCUUAGUACACAUUUAUGCUUUGGAUGGUGGUAGUAUUUCAAAGAUAAAUGUAGUCAUUACUGUCAUUACUGUAAAGAUUAUGACCUUUUUAAAUAAUAUGUUGCUUUUUACCACCCUGCUUCCCAGAAUUAUAUUUUUUUAGGUUGAUUCCAAUCCCAAAAAAUAUUUAAUGGUCAACUUUCAGUUGGUAAUGCAUUUGACCACUUUCUACCCAAACUAGAUUACUUCUUUACUUUUGGGGCAUUUGUUUGUUGCUGUACAAUGGCUCCAAUAGAUAGUUUAUUUUGAAGAGACUGAGUAAAAAUUCUUUCCAUUCAAGCAGAAAUUCAAGCAAUGGCUUUCCAAAUGUUAGUAGCAGAAAGAAGGCAGUGGGAAUGGGGAAGUUGGCCAGGAAUGUAUGGAGAUAGAAGAUGUAAGUGCAAUCAAGAAGGGUUUUGUAAGUUAUGAGUUAAAAGAGUUUCUAAGUUACUCUUUUCCUAAAAGAUAAGGAUAUUAAAGGAGAACUAUCGCAAAAUGAAAGCUUCAGCAUACUCCAAUAGGAAGUUUUCUAAAUAUAAUCAAUUAAAAAUGUUGUACCAUUUCUGAAAUAAUCAAGUUUAGCAUUUAU